GCGUGUUUCAGAAAUGCUCCACGGGAACUGUAGUAUUCUGACCACUGACAGCAAGGAACAGUUGCUGUUCUUCAGGUAAAAAGACUACAAAACCGAUGAGCAAAUUACAAGUCGCGCAGGCGCGUUGCUCUCGCGUUAGGAUUGAGGGGAGGGGAGAGUUCUGACUCUUGUCGGUUUAGGAGCUUUAGUCGCCAUUUAGUAUUUAGACAGAGCUAAAGCGUGUGUAAGGGAUAACAUCUUCAUUACGAAUAAAGUAAUAACAUAUAAUUUGGUGAUAAUUGUGAGCAAUUAAGUUAGUAUUUCUUUUAUUAUUUAAAUAUUUAUUUUCGUAUUUUUUGCUUCAGGUAUUGAAAACGCAAACUCAUUUUUGGAGCGCUGGGGUAUUACAAGAGAUAGUAGAAAAGCCAUAAUAUAACAAGUUGUUUUUUUUUAGUUUAAAGGAUAUUCUUUAUUUUUUUAUUACAUGGAUUGGAAUCGUUUUUUUCUGCAUUUGUGGGCAACAUAAUGCCACUGCAUUACUAGAACCGCUUAAUAUUAUUCUUCCUUUCUUAUUUGAAUUGUGUUUCCAAAUAAUUAUGGAUACAUUACAUUACAGUACAGUAUUUGGAGGGAGAGUAUUUUGAACGGGUGGAGGUGUUUCUUGUCCUCUCCUUAGAUAUAAGGGUUUCUCUCCCCGAACCGGGCUUCUCAGUAUCCAGCAGUAGCUGGCCGUGUCACACAGUCAGUGAGGUUUACCCCGGAGCGAGGAAGAACAGCCGACUAUCAAGGCCAGGGGAAGGCCCUGGGAGGUACAGCCUGUAACAAGCUUGCUUUCCAGUCUUGAUCAUGGAUCAUAGAUACUGACGUAAAAAUCCACGGGCACACGGCUCUGUGAUCGCUACCAUUUGUAAGUGCGCUUGGUAUAUUAACCUCAUAGAAAAAAGGCUAAUUGGAAGACGAAUCACAGGGUGGCUGUUCUCAGCAGAUGUAAGAUGUGGCUGUAUUGUUGAAACUACACGCUGAACUGAAAUAUUUAAACACGUAGAGCACGGAAGAAGGUGGCAGAUGCGCAUUGAAAAACCUUCCAACCGCACGAGUAUCUGUGUUUGCAUUGGCAAUAAAAUACAGUUGAGAUAAAGUUUAAUUCUGUCAUUUGAACUGUGAAACUAUCGACGUGGGGUUUCUGCCCGGACUGUGUUUGAAAUAUGUCCUGCCUCGCGAUGGGAACUAUACACUGAAUCGGAUUGGCAGUACUAUUAACAACAAUUAUCUUUUGAUAACUUCGACUGUAUAGCAAAGAUCGACCUGUCCGUGGACAUACUUUGUUCUGUUGCCAGGGUUUCUCUUAUGAUGAACGAGUUUGCAGAGUGAACCUCGCAUGAGAAUAAACCUUUUCCGUCUGGAUCGUGUCGGAUUACAAAUACGUUUUUGCUGAUCAUCAAUAAGCAAGCAAGAACGCCUCUCUCCUCCCGCCCUUGCCUUGUAGAUUUUGUUUUUCUGUAGCUCAAUGACGGCUAUCUUUGGUGCAUUGUAGAAUGGAUGGUGUGGUCUGGACUGUCCCAGUUUCUCAGUGUUUGCGACUCCUUUUCUGUGACUGCAUUUUGUUCUUUUCGAACUAUAAAAGAACACCUCCUGUCCAGGGCCCAGACCCUUUGCACUGUAAUUACAUUCACUGUCCCUACUGAAUUACCAGGACACACCUGUUUGGGGGCGGGGUUGUUGGCUGGAAAAGGAGUCUGAAAAGGGGAGUUUCCUGGAAGCGGUUUGGAAUUAUUAUUAUAUUUUUUUAAGACUUGUACAUGCUAGCUAAAAUGUCUGAAAACUCAGACAAGAUAUCGACAUUCUUAGCGCCCCCCAAGAACGGGAACGGGUCCUGUUCGGAUACAUCUGUGGGGGAGAGGCUGGGGGUGAACCUGUUGAACAUCAGACACGUAGAGGUGGAGUUCCGAAAGCGCAGGCACACCAUGGACAAGGACAGCAGAGCUGCGGAGCACCGCUUCUUCCGCCGCAGCGUAAUUUGUGACUCCAACGCCACGGCCCUGGACCUGCCCAGCAAUGCCUGCAUCCUGUCUUCCCCUCCUGAUUCCGACAGCUCCCUCUCCUCUAUCAUUGUGGAGCCCAGCGAGCCCCCUGCAUUGGCCCCCCAGCCCGCAGAGGUGCCUCCAGUGGAGGUAGCCCCAGAGGUGUGCAAUGAGACCAGCGGGCACACGGAAGAGCCGAGCAUGCCUGUCCUGGUGGUCAGCGAUGGGCAGUCAUUGGUGUUCGCUCCUGCCAGAGACAAAGAAGCUUGUAACCAUGUCAGGGAGUCUAAGAUUGAUGCUGGUGAUGGCAGUGCCGCUGGCAGCAAUGUUGUGGUUGGGAAACAGGAGAAAGGGAAGGAAGUUCUGAAAGAGGCAGGGUUAGGAUUUUCCAGAGGGGAAGGGCAAGUGAAAACGGAGGCGGAGCUCCGGGAGGCAGCAGAGAAGAAGCAGCAGCAGGAGGACAAUGAAGAGGUGGAGACCAAGGCGGUGGGGACGUCCCCCGACGGGCGCUUCCUCAAGUUUGACAUCGAGAUUGGCCAAGGAUCCUUCAAAACCGUUUAUAAGGGGUUGGAUACCGAAACAACGGUGGAGGUGGCUUGGUGUGAGUUGCAGGACCGAAAGCUGACAAAGUCAGAGAGACAGAGGUUUAAGGAGGAGGCUGGGAUGUUGAAGGGGCUCCAGCACCCGAAUAUCGUCCGGUUUUAUGAUUCCUGGGAAUUGACAUACAAGGGGAAGAAAUGCAUUGUGCUGGUGACGGAGUUGAUGACGUCCGGGACCUUGAAAACGUACCUGAAGCGGUUCAAGGUGAUGAAGAUCAAAGUGCUGCGCAGUUGGUGCAGGCAGAUUCUCAAGGGCCUUCACUUCCUUCACACGAGGACCCCUCCCAUCAUACACCGGGACCUCAAGUGCGACAACAUCUUCAUCACCGGCCCCACUGGCUCAGUCAAGAUCGGAGACCUGGGUCUUGCCACGCUCAAACGAGCCUCCUUUGCCAAGAGCGUUAUAGGUACCCCUGAGUUCAUGGCCCCCGAGAUGUAUGAGGAGAAAUACGAUGAGUCAGUGGAUGUGUACGCUUUCGGGAUGUGUAUGUUGGAGAUGGCAACUUCUGAGUACCCGUACUCCGAGUGUCAGAAUGCUGCGCAGAUCUACCGCAGAGUCACCAGUGGAGUAAAGCCCGGCAGCUUUGACAAGGUAGCGAUACCUGAAGUGAAAGAGAUCAUUGAAGGAUGCAUUCGCCAAAACAAAGACGAGAGGUAUGCCAUCAAGGACCUGCUGAACCACGCCUUCUUCCAGGAGGAGACCGGUGUGCGGGUGGAGCUGGCAGAGGAGGACGAUGGGGAGAAGAUCGCCAUCAAGCUCUGGCUUCGGAUAGAGGACAUCAAGAAGCUAAAGGGGAAGUACAAGGACAAUGAAGCCAUCGAGUUCUCCUUCGACCUGGAUAGAGAUGUGCCUGAGGAUGUUGCUCAGGAGAUGGUGGAGUCUGGCUACGUGUGCGACGGGGAUCACAAGACCAUGGCCAAAGCGAUCAAGGAUCGCGUGUCUCUGAUCAAACGCAAGAGAGAGCAGAGGCAGCUGGUGCGCGAGGAGCAGGAGAAGAGGAAACAGGAAGAGCAGGAAGGAGAACUGCUGAAAGCACAACAGCAGCAGCAACAACAACAGCAACAAGUACAGCAGGCCCAGACACCCUCUUCCCAGGCUGUAGUUGGCCAACAGACCCAGUUCAAAGUCCCGGCUCCCCCCACCGCCACCACCACAGGCCCCCAAAGCCAAGUGGAGCCAGAGGAGCCAGAAGUAGACCAGCACCAGCAGCAUCAGUACCAACAGGCUGGCAUCUCCAUCGCAUCGGAUGGCACGGUUGACAGUGGCCAGGGCUCCUCUGUGUUCUCCGAAGCUCACCUGGGCAGCCAGCAGACUGUCUCUUACAGUUCUCCCCCAGAGCAGCCCGUGUCCUCGGGCCAGGCCCCUGGAGGACAGCAGCAGCAGCAGUACCAGCAGCCAGCUGUGCCACAGUCUAUGACGCAUCCGUACGGGGGAGUCCCUGCCCUCCAGGACACCCAGAUAUUUUUCCCAACCAUCCCGGAGAGGCCCAUCUCCUUCUCUCCUCCACCAACCUCCACUCCCAAAAUGCCCAGUUGCCAGCGCCGCAAGAGCACCUCCAUCUUGGAAGCCCACACCCGCCAGUUUCAGCCAGCCUACAGGAACUUUGGCCACACCCUCCACCCGUUCGGUGCUGACCCAUUGGCUGGGCCUGAUGACUCAUCUUCUGUGCUUGCCAUGCCAGGGGCGGGGCCACACAGAUCCGCCAACGAACCCUUAUGCAUGCAAAGCCAAUUGCCGGACCAUGUGUAUGGCUACAAAGACGCCAGACCAGAAAUGGCUCAUCAAGACGAGAAUCUUUGGCGAUUGACUCACGCGGCUAUGCUAGCGAGGGGAGUGCAGCCAGUUGAAGACCAAUAUGAGGCCUUGGCCUAUGCAGGCUUCCCUGUGACCGGCCAUCCGUUCACCCAACUCAGCCUUCAGCAGCAAGUGCAUGCUGCAUCCAGCCUCGUAUACGACCCCUCUCAGACGGGACAGGCCUAUAUCCCGACUCACGCGCAGAACACCGCGGCUCAGCUGCCUCCGAUGAGCACAUCUUUUGGACAUUCCCAAGCUGCCUCCAUGGACGGCAGCCCGUGGUAUCAGCAGAUGUCCUUCCCUCUCUCUGCACCACCAGUGAUGGCUACGGCUGUUGACAGCACUAGUAGUGUUGGCUCUGUUUUUGAGUUCCAUGUUCAUGCCUUGCCGGGAGACGGCGGGGCAGGUUUUUCUUCGUCCCCACAGAGGAUUUACCGAAGCCGCCGGGGCUCCAUGGACCUGAACUUGGAGGACCAGUCAUCCUCCGCUUGCUCUCAAGGCCACGGGGUGUGCCGCUGGCUCCAGCCCGUCACAGAAGAACAGUACAACUACAUCAGCCCCGAGCUGCCACUGCCUCCUGGAAACCUGCUGCUCCACAAGGACCGCAGCCCAGAGCUUAGCGACUCCUCCUCUCAGUUCAACUCCUCCGACACCGGGGAGUUUCAGUCCCCUCCUCCCCACGCCGCCGCCCCCCCACCUGGCUACCCCAGCAACAUCUCGGCUGCCCAGCCCAUCCCUCACGGCUAUUUCAACGUGAGCCAUGGAAACACUCUCCCCCCGCACCCCGCUAAGCCAGCCUUCUUUGUUUUUUCCACGGCCGACACGUUGUGCUCCUCCGGAGGUCCCGGAUCCCACCUCCAUGUCCUGGAAGGCUCCUGGGCUCGAACCACAUCGUGCCACCAAGCCAUCCAGCAAGACCUUAGUUACUCUGAGCCAGCCAUGGCACAGGUCCUUCCUUUGGCGCCCGGGCAACAACCUCCAACCAGUCUCUCUUUGCCUACCACCUCUCAGCCUGGACCAGUCUCCACACAGCAGUAUGCAGGUUACUACACCCCAACGCAACCCCCACAGGCUGCUCCCCAGCAGACCUCCCUUGGUGGUCCUCCUGCACAGCAGAUGGCGCAAUACUCACUCCAGCAGCAGCCAACAGCUUCCAUUGCAGCUACUCAGCCCUCUCUGCAGCUGAACCAGACACAGCCUCCUGUGUCCCAGCCUAUGCAUCCCCUCUAUAUCGAAACUCUACCUCCAAUCCUGGCUCCGGGUCUCACCCAGCCCAGCUCUGUGGCCAUGACCUCCCACCCCCUGCCAGGGCAGAUCCUCCCCAGCUACUCCUACCCCCCUCCACUUCUUGGUGCCGGUGAGCCGCAGACAUCAAUGCCACCUUUUUCCAUUGCUCAGGUUGGCUUUCCUUCGCCUUCUCUUCCUGUCACCAUGGCAGCCGGCCUUAGCCAGCAGCAGCAGCAGUUGCCAGCAAUGGUAGCAGCGCCGAGCGUGUCUGCUGGAGCUCAGGCCGGGCUUCCAGCGCACGUGUCUCCCCAGCAGCUUGCCUACUCCGUGUCAGCAGUCAGCAUGGGGAAACUCCUGAUCCAGCCACACCUUCAUCCCAGCGAAAUCCUACACCAGGCGCCCCAGAGUGUUUCUCAGUCCAGCGAGCAGAUGCAGGGUCUGCAGGCUCAGGGGAACUCCUCUGUGGACAGUGUGCAUUCGGACGUGGCAUCUGGAAUGAGCGACGGGAAUGAAGGAGCCACAGCCUCCAGUGAGAGACACGAGGGCAGAUCCACCAAGCGUCUCAACCGCAAGUCAGUCCGGAGCCGCUCGCGCCACGAGAAGACGUCCCGGGCGAAGCUGCGCAUUCUCAGCGUUUCAAACAUACCCGACCGAGUGGCUGAGUGCCAGCUGGAGACACACAACCGGAAAAUGGUUACUUUCAAAUUUGAUCUCGAUGGGGACAAUCCAGAGGAAAUCGCGGAAAUAAUGGUUCAGAGCGAGUUCAUCCUGGAGUCAGAGAGAGACUCGUUCAUUGAGCAGGUGCGCGACAUCAUUGAAAAGGCGGACGAGAUGCUGAGUGAGGAUGCGAGCGGAGAGCCGGAGGGGGAACCCGGGGGAAACAGAGACAAGGGCAAGACCCAGAUGGAGAGUGAAUUCAGAGGUCCGGAACCUGCAUAUUUUGUUCCUCGGCAGACAGGUGCGCAGGUGAGCUCUGCCGCUCAGGUGGUCCAUUCAGCCGGUCGCCGGUUCAUAGUGAGCCCUGUUCCAGAGGCCCGCCUCAAAGACCAGUUCUUUGGUCCCACGGCCACCCCUGUUCCUCCUCCAGAUCCUUCCUCAUCCAAGGAGAUGCCAGCUUCGGUUCCAGUGGUUCCCAACAGUCAGAGCUUAAGCCUCUGCCACUCUGCCUCCGUCAGCCUUCAGCAAGCCUUUGCUGAGCUCCGCAAUGCUGCCUACCAGGAGGGACCCAGCACCGCACCGCCCAUGGUCAACCUCACCAUGCUGCCCUUCCCUAUCUUAACAGGACUGACCCCAGUCUCCACCCCAUCCAGCACCCAGAUUGCAUCCCCUCCCUCAACCCAGGCACAGAGCACAGUCACUGAGGCCGGCUCGAGCUCUCAGCCAGCUCCAACAUUGCAGCCCAGCCUUCCAGCCUCGCCCCCUCCUGCUGUUCAACAAAUCACAGGCCAGGGAGUUAGCACACAGGCCACCAUAACCACUCCUCUGUCUCAGUCUGGACAGCAGCUGAUCUACUGUAGCACUAGCACUUUAUCCCCACCUCUCACCACACCCCCUCAGCAGGCGAUUGGUGGAGUUCCACCUAGCAUCAGCAUGCCGGCCUCCAUAGCUCCUCCAGUUGUGACACCGCAGCCAGCCCAAGCGGCCCCUCUCCCGUCUCACGCCAGCCUCCCCACUUCAGUGUCCUUCCCAGUGACGUCCCAGUCGACCCAGCAAGUCCUCGCCAGCGCAAAUCUUCCUCUGGUGCAAACCUCUGCCUCCCUGCCCGGUCCUCCAAUAACCAGCACUGGUGCCCCAGUGCAAGAACCGCCCCAGCCUGACAGCUUGCAGCCCAAGUUUCCAGCCUCCACCUCUCUACCCAUUGCUGUGUCAGCAUCCCAGGCUCCUGUGUCCCAGCCAUCCUUGCUGCCUGCUGUACCAAGUGUGCCUUCAGUCCCCAGUUUGAUGCAGGUGGCCACCACUACCAUCCCAGUGGUCCAGCCGACACUAGUGCACACCGAGCCGCAGCUGGCCUCUGUCCCCAACCAGCCGCAUACACACUCCCUAGAGUGCGAGGGGGAACCCGGCAUCGAUGACAUCAAGACCCUGGAUAAGAAGCUGCGCGAUCUCUUCAUGGAGCACGGCUCGGGCACAGCAAGCGACCCAUCUGGAGCUCAGAUCCCAUCCGGGACAGCAGCUGCUGCGGGCUUGUCCAGCGUUUUGGCAGCGCCCCCAACCAGCCUGCCCCUCGGAAGCACAGGGUUAUCCACCGCCACCCCUGUAGCCACCCCCGGUCAGGCUGCCACCCCUGCAAGCUACGUGCAAGCCAAGCCUCCUUUGGGACGGGUACCGGUAUUGCCUGUAGGCACAGAAUUGCAGGCUGGCACUCCGCCCACUGAACAGCAGCCCCCAUUUCCAGGACCUACACUAACCCAGUCUCAGCAGCCUUUGGAAGAUCUUGACGCCCAGUUAAGAAGGGCGCUCAGUCCAGAGACGGUCCCAUUUAACACCGUGACUGCUCAGACUGCAGUAACUGCACCCCCAACAAGUGUGUCCGACCAGAGUUAUCCUGCCGGACAGCCUGUUGCUGAAGGGCCUCAAGGGGAAGAUAGCAGUAUUGUCGUGGCUGCUAGUGCAGGAGCUGAAGUUGUGAAACUUGGGCGCUUUCAGGUGUCAGUGACACCGGAUGUGGUCUUGCCUCAGUCAAAGGUGGAUGACAGAAGCAGGCCUAGCUCCACAGACUCCACCUCCUCUAGUUCCUCCUCCUCCUCCACCUCGCUGCUGUCCAGCCCAGAGAACACGAUGGUGAAGCCGCCAGCCCACUGCAGAGCUGACACAGCUCCGGAUGUGGUGGAUGGUCUCAUCCUGCACCCCUCCCCUCACCGGACAGCACAGCCCAGCCAGGAGGCCGCCCCGCCCACCACCAUCGGCAGGUUCCAGGUCACCACCCAAGCUGACACCAGGGUGGGCCGUUUCUGUGUGAUCAAGGCGCAGGACGAGCCGGCAGCAGCUGGGGCAGGGAGCACUACCCCGGCCAGGGAAACCCAGCUUGGCCUGCCCAGCAUAGAGAGCCCCACGGAGCCAUUAACACAGCUCAACGGACCAUCGCAGCUCCAGGAAGUGUGUGCCAGCCUGGGCAGCCCCAGUUCCCCUCAGCUGCAGGGAUCCCUGCCCCUGCCCAGCCUCAGCAACUCUUUCAUCUCCUCCUACAUGAGCAGUGACAACGACUCGGAGUUCGAGGAGGAGGAUCUCAAGAAGGAGCUGCAUCAGCUCAGGGAGAAACAUCUGAAAGAGAUCCAGGCUCUGCAGUCACGACAGAAGCAGGAGAUUGAGUGUCUUUACACCAGACUGGGGAAGGUGCCCCCAGCCGUCAUCAUCCCCCCUGCAGCCCCCCUUUCAGGGAGGCGCAGGAGACCCACCAAGGGCAAGGGGAGCAAGUCCAGCCGCAGCACCUCCCAGGGCAGCAAGAGCCCUCUCCUGCCAGGCACUUUCUCUGCUCAGAGCGCUCCCUCCAUGUUCCCGCCUCAGCACACUCUGCUCCCCCCGGGGGGAGGCCCGGAGACUGGGCACUGCCAGCUACUCAAGCCGUCUCCUUCCAGUGAGAACCUGUGCUCUGCUUACACAAGCGACGCGGCUCUCUCCGUGCCCAGCCUGUCCGCCCCUGCGCAAGGCUGUGCAAAGUUCAGCUGUGGGUCAGAGCGAGUGACCUUCAAAACCGGUGGCAGGAGGACGCGAUUUCUGAGUACGCCCUGCUUGGCUCUUUGGAAGAUGGUGAAAAAAGUGUGCCCCUGCAACCAGCUCUGUAGGACGAGCAGCACAAACGCAGUGAGUGGAGGGGCCCCGGGACAGGCCCCAGCGCAGCCCUCCACCCAGCCCUCCACCCGGAAAGGCACCUUCACAGACGAUCUACACAAACUGGUGGACAACUGGGCUCGCGAUGCCAUGAACCUGUCGCAGGGCAAACGGGGCUCCAAGCAGCAGCAACAGCAACAGCAGCAGCAACAGGGCCACAACUACUGUGAUAUGAUCCCGCCUGCCACCAUGGGAAGAAAGUUCUCCGCCCCGGGGCACCUGUGCCCCAAUAUUACAUCCUCUGUGAGUGGGCACACACCCAUCCCUGCCCCCUCCGCUACCUCCUUGGGUCCCUACGGGAAGACCCCACUGUGCCCGACCCCCCAGUACGGCUUCCCCUCCGCCCCUUACAGCACGCAGUGGGCUGGCUCCACAGGCCCCACGCAGCAGGCGAGCCUCCUCACCACAUCGCAGCCCCCGGGCCAGUUCAAGCCAGUCAGUACAGGCUCGCUGCAGGGCUUUCACAUGAGCAAUCCGGCUGGACCAAACCUGCGCAUGACGUAGGCAACCCACCCUAGGGGCCAGGUGGAGUCCGGCCAAGAGGGAGGGGUGCGAGGAGGAUAGGAGUGCAACACAAGGUGAUGGGAGCUUCCGUAUAGAAACCAAGCUGGGCGACCAAUGUUGCUGUUUUGUUUUUUUUGUUUUUUAACCCCAUGCUGCGAGAGGGAGGGAAAAGCAAGAAUCGUCCAGCGCUAUUUGACUGGAAGAUUUUCAUACUGUUUAAAAAAUAUAUAUCAACAUUAACCCUCACGGACAGACUUGUUGGGGUUACUCACGUUUGGUCUUCCCAACCUGAGGUUUUUCACAAAGAAAUGACUAACUAAAUAAAUAAAUACAUGAAAUGGACACAAGGAUGCAAUAUUCAGUGGCCAAAGACGGUGUGAUGGUAGCUGUUCUUUCUGUAUCAAAGAGGUAUGGGUUAGAACAGAGGUGUCCAAUCACGGUCCUGGAGGGCGAUUCCACUCCAGGUUUAAAGAUUUCAGGGUCUGGAUGGAGGUUUAAUUGGUCCAAUUGGUAACAAUUUAGAACAGGGUUGGAACAAAGACCAGGAGUGGGAGGGCCAACCUGGGACGCCCCUGGUUACUUAAGAAUUAUAAUUUUUUUGAGUCGCAGAUAAUACAUGCAGAUAGAUUCUAAAUUCCUCGCUCCCUGCUUCCCUCCUCCCCCACCCUGUCCAGAAUAAAAGCAAUCAGGCAUUUUAAGGAAACUAAAAUGGGUGUCUUUACACUAACUAUUGCUCCAUGGAUCCAAUACUGGAUCAGUAAAAAGAAGACAGACACUGCUAAUUCAGUAGGUUAGAUACAAGCUGGAUCUGUAGAGAUCAGGCUACCAUUGCCUGAUCUCCUCCAGGUUUGCAGUUUGAUGCGUUAAAAUAAAUCUCCCGAACAAACCGUGUUUAGUGGCGUUUGUUCAUUUUUAAGAAGCUGGUGUAAGUGCAGGGAAGUGUUUGAAAGCAGACCAGAGAGGGAGGGUCAGAGCUUGAAUGAAUUGUUGUUUUUUAGAAUGGUUUCACUGCUUCUUCCAGGCUUGGUGUGUGGGGUGGGGUGGGGUGGGGAGGGGAGGCUUGCUGGGCUCAGGUGUCCUGAUUUAUUAAUGCUGGUUAUGAAAUGCGGGUCAGUUACAGUAAAGUGGGCUCAGUCUUGUCUGUGAACAUGCCCUGUGUCCAGGGAAGUGUCUCUAUCUCUCUCUCACAUACGACCAUCAGCUGCAUGGUGUAUAAAAGCAGUCAGCCUCUACCAGUGUUGCUUGUGAGGUCAUUUAAGCUUUAAAUCUACUAUCUAUUACUAAUGGUAACAGCUUUUAUAAUCAUGACAGCAUUAGGGGGCCUAUAUAAAUAGUUGGAUUUAAAUUUAAAUUAAAUAGGUUAAAAACAAAUAAAAAAGCAUUCUGUGCGGACAUGUAUUUACCCAUCAGUUUUUGAUGUUGAAACACUGUGAUUAUAUAAAUGUUGUUGGACAACAUUAGUUAAAAAAAGAAGAAAAACAUGGAACUUAGAGGGUUAUUAAAAAAAAAAAGAAUAAAAAUAAGGCUAGAUCUAUCCAUAUAUAGUACUUAUUGGAGACACUUUAACUUUUUUUUCUUUGUACUUUCUUUAUAUUAGAUAAAUAAAUGUGAAUGUAAAAUGGAUUAAAUUAAUGUACUUGAAUAACUUGUCUUUUCCUUUCCCCCCCGACCCCAGUAUGCUUGCUGGAUUUAUAGUGCCUUGUACUUUUCUUUUGUGUCUUUUUUUUUUUUUUGUUUGUUUUUUUUGCUUCUAAUUUUGGCUGGAAUAUUUGACGCACUUGCAGUAGCACUUGGGGCCUGUACCUUUGGGGACGGAGGAGGAGGCUGUAUGAAAUGAUCAGGAGUUGUUACAAGUUUGAGGUAUAAGGAGGGGGAUUCAUUUCAGUGCCAGUGUUUGUCUUAGUGGAAAAGCGUAGAUCAAUGCUAGUUAGAAGCUAAACCUAAUGCAAGGAACAGGAGCUGAAUUCCCGAGAGCGCACACAGUGUUAGACGAUACGUUUGGAAUGAAGCUUGGCACAGAUUGUCAGGAAAGGAUUUUCACUUGUGAAAUGAGACGCUGUUUUCCCCCCUCCAAUACCAGGUAAUCCAGUCUUUUUUUUUUUUUAAAUGUGUUUUUACUUAGAUUCAUAAUUUGAUUUUAAAGUACAUUGGGUCUAGAACAGUUUAACGUAGCCAGAUUUUCUCAAUACUGGUAAUAACAGGUUCUCGAUACAACAUGAUAAUUCUGUUACGAAUAUUGUUCUUGUGAAGAUUUAAAAGGAUUCCUGAAGCAGUUUCCACACGUUUCUUUAUAGUGACAGAUUCUACAAAAAAAUUAUACAAAUAAUUGAAGUGUCAAAUACCUGAGGUAGAUGUAUACUCUGAAUGAAUUCACAGCAGCCUUGGGGAGGUCAUUGACCAGUGUGAAAAAAAGGUAUUUUAUUUGAGGUUGAAGGAAGUUUAGAAGGAAGUUUAGAAGCCAGUUUGUUGUGUGUCAAGGUGAGUGGUGGACAGAGGGUUAUUGUGCAGUAGAAUCAAUAUUUAUCCUGUGGAAAAGUGAGUUGGCGAGUAAGUAGCGAGGUUCUGAAAAAUGUAGCGUGUAAUACAUCCCCAGGUGCUGCUACAACUGUUUAAAUAUCAUACCUGUAAUGUCUCCUUUCAUUCUUAACAUACUGACAGACUUUAAAUUUUAAGUGUAAACUUAUUUCAAAGCUAUUUUUAAAAUAACCGCUCUAGUGCACUGGGGUUUGAGAUCUCUCCUCUAAACGACUGCAGGAAAAGCAAUUUAAAAAAACAAAACAUAACAAGUGCUCUGGCUUUUCUGUUCCAGACCACAUCAUGGAUCGUUAUUGCUGUGUUACCUGUUUGACAAUGUGGGCAAUAAUCCUUACAAUAUCAGUGCACUAGAGCGGACAUUUUGAAAAGAGCUUUGAAACAGACUUGAAAGUUAUAAGUGUAAAAAAUGUCAGGAAAAGAGAAAUGACAGGUACGUUAUUUAAACAGCUGUAGCAACACGUGGGGACAGAUAACGCUGUAUUUUUCAGAACCCCACAACUUUUUAAAUUCGUCCGAAUAAAAUGUAUAAUUUUUUCGGGCGAGGUUCAGUAAUUCCUUUGAGUUGUUUGUCGAGGGUUGUAAUGGCAUGUUGUGUAGAUCAUUAGAUUUAAGAAAGCACUUUUAGUAUUUUCCUUCACUGCGUUUAGGAGUAGAAAACUGAGAGUGGGGGAGCAUUAACAUCUAUUCAGGCAAAGUGGGUUCCUGGUAUUUCACAGAAUACACCCAUCAAAUUAUCGUCUGUACAUUAGGGUUAUCAAAAUGCUAAAACAGGACAUGCUCCCACAGAAGACCUGUGCUUUCAGCAGUGCCAGAGCAGAAUAAAUUCUAAAUAUAUUAAUUAAUUAAUUUCCUUUUACUUGCCAUAUUUGUAAUCAAAACGGUUACUGGAGGAUUAUUUACUUCAAAUAAGCAUGUUACAGAUUCUCGGGCUAGCCUGUUUUUCAACAGGCCAGUGCUAAUAGAUCAUGCAUUCUGUUUAUUUUGACUGCUGUAUCCUAAAAGCAUGAUCAUUUUCUAUAUUGCAUUGUAGAUGUUCUGCUGUGGGCUGUAAGGAAAGACUGUUGUAUUCAGUCCAGGUAUUGUGUAAUUAACUCAGAGGCUGCUGAAAAUUCAUUCAGAAUGUUUGUUAUUUAGUCUCAUGCUGGCACGUUUUAAAAGCUUUGAAAAGUCUUUCAUGAAGCAAUAUCCACCUGCCUAUAUUUCAUUUAAAGAUUUUUAUUUGCAGCCCCUAAUACUGCAAGCAAUUAUAGUGAAAUAUUGGACACCAAUAACGUGCAUGAAGUCAAUGUAAUGACCAACAGUUUGCAUUGAAGUUGCUGGGUUUGUUUGCAAUGGUAUAGGCAAUACAAAACCUCCUUACCUCCCAUCUUGCUCCUUGCUUUCAGUGAAUCAUUAAUACUGGUGGUACAGGAACCUAUCACUUGAAACUGGUUAUGUAUAAAAUAGAAUACUCACAGUUCACUUUUUGUGUGGGUGUUUGCAUUUGUUUUUUUACUGUUUCCACAACAUUUUACUUGUAUCGUUGCUUUUGCUUGAUAGCAGAUACCCUUUCCAGAGAAAUACUAAAGAUAAGUACAGUAUUACAGAGUAGAAUUGUGAUUUUUUUUAAAGCUGUGAAAAUCCUCCAAAACAAACCCAUAAACCACUUUCUUUGUGUUUUUGCUCAUUUAAGUGCAGAAAAUCACAAGAGUGCCAUGCCCUGUAGGGAAGAGACUUGGUUUAACCCGCAAACUACUAGGUAAAUAAAAUAAACAAUGUGUUUUUACUUUUUAAAGAGUAAUACAGUGGCUGCAAUGCAAUAAAACAUGUUUUUUGAAAGUUGUGGUUGUGCAUCUUAGUGAAACAUGCUGUCGGUUUCCUGGUUAUUUGCUGUUUGUAAAUGGAGGGAUGUUACUGAGUUUCAGAAUGUGUAUUUGCAAUUCUACUUCAUCAGAAUGCAGAUUCUGCUAUUAUUAUUAUUUUAUUUUAUUUUGUAUGCCUUUCAGUAAUGAAUGCUUUCUGCAGAGUGCCGGUUGCUGGAAAUGAUAUGCAAUAUAGUACAAGACAAGCCCAAGUUUCAGCAUUUUCUAUUGUAAGCACUGCAUGUUCGGCCAUGGGAUCAUAUUCCAAAACAAACUAAAAAGAAAAUACAAAUCGAAACUGGGUUUUAUUUGUCAUUAUCCCUCCUGUGGAAAUAAAGAAACAAAAUACUGUUACUUAAUGCUAAUGAGCUGUCAUUAAGUUAUGUUGUUCUUGUAUUGCAAUAUCUGUUUUUUUUGGUUUUGGUCUCUAGAUCUGUCAAUGGCUGCUAAAGUCAUUAGGAAGGCCGUUUUACUAUUUAACAUUGUUCAAAAGGUUAUAAUAAUAAUAAUUAGGGAAUCCUCUGCAACAUCUAAUUGUAUAUUUGCACUAAAUAAAGGGUGUUCAAGCUUCAUGUAAGAUUGCGCUUUGCGCUACAGUAAAAAUUUGUUACCUUCUUUGUAAACUUAUUAAACAAAACCAUUCAAAUAAA